ACAAAUUCCGUUGUAAACAGGUCCUACUGGUCUGCUCCAAAUGUCAAUAUCCUGGUCCUAUAUAGGAUAACACAAGAAAAAAGUUAGAAACACGACGGAUCGGGAUACGAAAUGAUGCUGUCAGUGCGAGCCCGGUAGGAUGUCCGUCUGACGUACACUCGACCCGACGCCGUUCUACUGCGAACCAGAAAUCAAUAAUUUCGACAACUUCGUUCGAUUAUGUCGAAACCAUGGCAGACGUUUGUCAAAUGGCGUUUCAUCACUAAAAUCGUGGUCAACAAGUUCAAGGGAUUUUUUUCCAGCACUGUCGCAAGAUACCUGACGCCACAAAAGAAAAAAACUGUUAAUAUUGAGCAAGGUACUUUACAAGGAAUUCACUACAAGUCUCAAGCUUCAAAUAAGCCUUACGUCAGUUUUUUAGGCAUACCCUAUGCUAAACCACCAGUUGGAAACUUGAGAUUUAAGCCUCCUGUCAAACAUCCAGGAUGGUCUGGCACAUUGAAAGCAUUUUCAGUAGGAAAUAUGUGCGUGCAGUAUUCUUUUUUGAAGAACAAAAUUGUUGGAAGUGAAGAUUGUUUAUAUUUAAACAUAUUUGUGCCACAGGGAGAACAAAAUGAAAAGAUGGCAGUGAUGGUGUUCAUACACGGUGGAGUGUUUUAUAAUGGAUCUGGGUCCUUAGAUUUUUACUCUCCUGAUUAUUUGAUUGAUGAAAAUGUAAUCGUAGUCACAAUAAACUAUCGAUUGAAUGCUCUAGGAUUUCUCAACCUUGAUAUCGAUGAAUGUCCUGGCAAUAUGGGUUUAAAAGAUCAACUGUUUGCAAUUAAAUGGGUAAAAGCUAAUAUCACUGCAUUCGGAGGUGAUGAUCAAAACAUUACUAUUUUUGGAGAGAGUGCAGGAUCUGCAUCUGUUCAUUGUCACACAUUGUCUCCACAAUCCACAGGAUUUUUUCAAAAAGCCAUUAUGCAAAGUGGAUGUAUGUUUAAUCCGUGGGCUUUGAAUGAAAAACAUAGAGAAUCAGCUUUUAAGUUGGCCAAAAAUUUGGGGUGUGAAAAAGACAACCCUAAAGAAGUUGUUCAGUACUUACUUAAUAUACCAGCCAUUGAUAUUGUCAAAUCGAUUACUAUUGAUGCUAAAACAAAUCCAGAUUAUGAUUUUGUUCCGUCCAUUGAAAGUGAAGUGGUUAGUGACAAAUUUUUACCUGCUCAUCCUGAAAUUUUAGCCAAAACUGCAUCAACAGUACCUGUAAUAAUUGGAAUCAACAACAUGGAAGGACUGUUAGCUUUGGGAGAUCCUCAUAUUAUGAAAUUUAUAAAUGAUACAGAGGAAACCAACAAAUUAUUUAAAAGUCAAUAUGGCUAUACCAAAGGCAUUAUGAAUAAAAUAAAGAACUUUUACUUCAAUGAACGAAACAUAGAAUGUGGAACCACUAGAUUGGAAAAAAUAUGUUAUCUUUACGGUGAUUUCUAUUUUGCUAAAGAAUUUCAUCUCAGUUAUAAACAUUAUCUCCAACGAAAUGUCACGCCGGUUUAUAGUUACGAAUUCAAAUUUGAUGGAGAAAUUAAUGUUUUCAAAAAAUUGCUCUAUUUUCUGAGACCAACUUUUGAACCAUUAAAUGGGGCGUGUCACGCUGACGAAUUGAGCUAUUUGUUUCAUGGACGACUAUUUGGAUUUGCACCUAGGGCCAAUUCACCAGAGUUAAGAAUGUGUAGAACAUUGAGUAAAUUGUGGACCAAUUUUGCCAAAACUGGAAAUCCGAAUUCACAAGAUUUAAGAUUCAAAUGGAGCAAUACGAGAGCAGAAGAACCGAAAUAUUUGUCAUUAGAUGGAGACAAUACGCAGAUGAUUGAUGGAUUAUUGUACAGUUCCAGGGUGCGUUUUUGGGAAAAGAUAUCAGAAACUGUUGGAUUGCAACAAAAAUAAAAUUAUGAUUCUUUUAUUAUACUAUAAUUUAUUGUUUUUUAAAUGUGUAAAGUACUAACCAAAUGCAUUUUGAAUUAACUUA